AUGUCUGUCUACGAGGAAAGACCAUUGGUGAUGGAAAUGGAAGCCAAACAAGAAUUUGAUGAUGUCAACGGAAUUAGAGGAGAAGAUACUUGGGUGAUGGAGAAGUUGAAGAAGAUAAAGGAAACAUCAGAAGUGAUUGCUGGUCCAAAGUGGAAAACAUUUAUUAGAAAAAUAAGUGGAUAUGGAAAAAAGCAACAAAAGAAUAGGUUUCAAUAUGAUGCACAUAGUUAUGCUCUUAAUUUCAAUAGUGGAGCACAAAGUGAAGAUGAAGAAUAUUUGCCUCCAAGUUUUUCAACCAGGUUUUCUAAUCCUUUUCCGGGGCCAAAAUGA